UGUAAAGUGGGAAGAGGAGGAGGAGAGGGGGGGAAGAAGGGCGGGCACAAGCCUUUCCUCAAAGUCAAUAUUUUAUACUUUUGAUACUCCUUCACGCUGGAUUUCAGUCCUCUUUUUCCCAGCCGUUCCCAGAUCUAGGACACCAAUUUGCCGGGCGCAUCCUUUCACGGUGCGAUAAAAAGUAUCCAGCAAACAAACAGCGAGCCGGGGCAGCAGGAAACCCGGAGUACAGUGAGCACCGCGGCGGGGACAGAACACUGGAUCAUCGGGGCAUCUCUUUUUUUUACCCAAAGAAGGGAGGACGUGCAAGUGCAAAGUGCUGACCUGUUUCGCGGAUGCAUUUUAUAAGACAAUCAAAGGAGCACGGCAGGUGCAAAACCUCGAAUGGAUAUACCUGAAGACGCAGCAACACCCACCCGGAGCAGCGUCACUGUUUCCCCGCAGGACUCCGCUCCCUGAGGGCAUGGACCCGCGUUAACAACUCCCACCCAACGUCCCUGCAACACUAUGGUUAAAGUGUAUGCCAAGAUUAAGCUCUGUAACAUUAUCCGUCUCUCCACCCAUCAGAAACAAGGAAGCGUCCCUCCCUCGGCAGUUUGGGGACCGUCAAUAUCUGAGAAGAGACACUGAGUUUCAGUCACAGAAUCAGUGUCCUCCUGACAUUUAGGGGAAUUUAAAAAUCGUGGAGGCGAGGUGUGUGCAUUUACAUCCAGCUUCUCACUCAGCAGCAUGGCGAUGGGGAUGUCCAUUAUUUCCUUAUGAUCUCCGCUCCAUGCGCGUCACCUCUCCUCUGAGCUCCGUGGCCCCCUCACCCUGCGCCGGACCCGGCUCCAAUCACCACCCCUCCCCCCCUGACCUGCCAUGCUCCUCCAGGCCGUGUUUCUGCUGCUUCUGCACUGCUUGGCCUCCACGCUGGGCCAGUACGAACUGUGCAAGUCCCUGGUGAGCACGGAUGAGGGCUCGGUGUGGGAGCAGUACGCGUGCCAGCCGAAAACCGCGUCCAUGAAAGACCACAUGCGGAUCAAAGUGGAUCCGCCCGGAAUAACUUGUGGAAACCCGCCCGAGAGGUUCUGCACUCUGGAGAACCCAUAUCUGUGCAGUGAUGAGUGCGAUGCCUCUAACCCGGACUUGGCCCACCCCCCUCAGCUGAUGCAGGACAAAGAGCGCACCGGCCUGCUCACAUACUGGCAGACGGUCACAUGGAGACGCCACCCCGAGCCCCUGCUGGCAAACAUCAGCAUGUCCUGGAACAAGAGCCUGGAGCUCUCCGAUGACGUCCAGAUCACCUUCGAGUACGGCCGCCCCACCAUCAUGGUUCUGGAUAAGUCCAUGGACCAUGGCCGCUCCUGGCAGCCCUACCAGUACUACGCCGACGAUUGCAUGGACGCCUUCAACAUGCCGCCCAAACGCGUGCACGACCUCUCUCCCGCCAACAUCACGCGGGUCAUCUGCACUGAGCAGUACUCACGCUGGGUCGGCUCCAAGAACGACAAGAACGUGAAGUUCGAGGUGCGGGCUCGUUUCGCCGUGUUCGCAGGGUCGCGGCUGCAGAACAUGGACAGCCUGUACACCCGCAUGGAAAGUAUGAAGGGUUUGAGAGACUUCUUCACCUUCACCAACCUGAGGAUGAGGCUGCUCAGGCCCGCCCUCGGAGGCACCUACGUCCAGAGAGACAACCUGCUUAAGUACUUCUAUGCCAUCUCCAACAUCGAAGUACCUGCAAGGUGUAAGUGUAACCUCCAUGCCUCCCAGUGCCUGCUGCUGGAUGGGAACCUCCAGUGCCAGUGUGAACACAACACCACGGGCCAGGACUGCCAGCGCUGCAGGAAGGGGUUCAAAGCCAAGUCCUGGAAGGCAGGAUCCUACCUGCCGACACCCAACGGGACGCCAAACUCCUGUACAAUUGCUGGUUCCCCCUCCGGUUCUAAGGUUCCUCCUCCUUCAGCAGAGGAGCUCACACCUUCAGAGACAACCCCUGAACCCACACAUCUGUCUGUACCAGUCCCAAAGGAGUCCACUCAUCAUCCAGUUGUUGAUCAACAUAACCAACACCAUUACCAUCCAGUCACACUGCAGUCUGUCCUGACCCGUCUUUACCAUCACAAGAGCCUGCACGAUACUGAGGGAAAACACACAGAGCCGAGGCAUAGUGAGAGAGGAGUCCCCGAUAUAUCUGAAGGACAGGUUCAUGAGACCCAUGGUCACAAGACAACUUCACCCGGACAUAGGCAAGUCUCCCACAUGUUUGAGGGACCCUUUCAUGAGACUCAAGGCCACAAAACAGCAACCUUACCUGGACACGGGAAGGAUAGGAAGGAGGAUGGUGAAGAAAAAACUACUAAAGAGAUAGUUCCCCUCGAAUAUGAGGAACUUGUACACAAGGCACAUGAACACAAAACACCCUUAUCCGGGCACGGUGCGGAGAGCGAGCGUGAGGAGCAUAACGAAAGAAAAGUCCCCAACAAGUCUGAGGAGCAUGAACUUGAGACUCAUGGCCACAAAACAACAGUCUCAUCUGAACAUGGGGAAGUUUCCCACAAUUCUGAGGGACAUGGACAAGAGACUCAUGGCAAUGAAAAAGAAUCUCAUGGUCACCUACAAGAUACGUAUGGCCAUGUACAAGAAAAGCAAGACUACAUAGUGGGGACUGAAGUCGACAACCAAGAGUCCCAUGGCCAUUUCCAAAAGACUCAUAGUCACGUACAAGAAACUCAUGGACACAUAGAAGAGACUUAUGUCAACGUUCAAGAUGCUCUUGGCAUGGUACAACCAACGCAUGGCCAUGUUGAAAAGACUCAUGGUCACCAAUCAGAGCUUCAUGGCCAAAUACAAGAAUCACAUGGCAUAGUAAAGGAGACUCGUGGCCACGUAAAAGAAACCCAAGGCCAUGUGCAAGAAAUUAAUGGGCACAAAUCAGAGAAUUAUGGACAAGUAAACGACAAUCAAGGCCAUGUACAAGAAACUCAUGGCCAUGUAAAAGACAAUCAUGGCCAUGUUGAAGAGGCUGUUGGCCAAAACACAGAGAUUCAUGACCACAUACAAGAGACUCAUGACCAUGUCAAACAGACUCGUGUCCAUUUAAAAGAGUCACAUGUCCAUAUACGACCAACGCAUGACCAUGUCAAAGAGACUAAUGGCCACAGAUUAGAGACUCAUGGCCACAGAUUAGAGAUUCAUGGUCAGCUAAAAGAGACAAAAGGCCACAUACCAGACACGCAUGGGCAUAUAAAACAGACACAUGGCCACACACAAGAGAAUCAUGGUCAUGUACAAGAGCCUCAUGGUCAUGUACAAGAGACUCAUAGUCCUGUACAAGAGCCUCAUGGUCAUGUACAAGAGACACAUGGCCACACACAAGAGAAUCAUGGUCAUGUACACGAGAAUCAUGGUCAUGUACAAGAGCCUCAUGGUCAUGUACAAGAGCCUCAUGGUCAUGUACAAGAGACUCAUGGUCAUGUACAAGAGACUCAUGGUCAUGUAAAAGAGACACAUGGCCACACACAAGAGAAUCAUGGUCAUGUACAAGAGACUCAUGGUCAUGUACAACACAGUCAUGGUCAUGUACAAGGCGGAUAUGGCCACGUACAACCAACGCAUGGCCACGUUGAAGCAGCUCAUGGCCACGUUGAGGUAGUUCAUGACCACAAAUCAGAGAUUCAUGGUAAGCUAAAAGAGACAAAAGGCCACAUACCAGACAUGCAUGGUAACGUAAAAGAGACACAUGGCCACACACAAGAGAAUCAUGGUCAUGUACAAGAGACUCAUGGUCAUGUACAAGAGACUCAUGGUCAUGUACAAGAGACUCAUGGUCAUGUACAAGAGACUCAUGGUCAUGUACAAGAGACUCAUGGUCAUGUACAAGACAGACAUGGCCACGUGCAACCAACGCAUGGCCACGUUGAAGUAGCUCAUGGACAAGUUGAAGUAGCUCAUGGACAAGUUGAAGUAGCUCAUGACCACAAAUCAGAGAUUCAUGAUCACCUAAGAGAGACAAAAGACCACAUACGAGACACACAUGGCCUUGUGCAAGAGAGUCAUGGCCACAAACAAAACACUCAUGGCCAUGUACAAGACAGGCAUGGCCAUGUACAAGACACACAUGGCCAUGUACAAGAAAUGCAUGGCCACCUUGUCGGGACUCAUAACCAUGCACAAGAGACUCAAGGCCUCGUUGAAGGGACUCGUGGUCACAGGUCAGAGAUUAAUGGUCAUGUAACAGAGACUCAUGGCCACAUACGUGAUACUCAUGGCCACACACAAGAGACUCAUGACUACAUAAAAGAGAGUCAUGGCCACAAAGAAGAGACUUACAGCCACAAAGGAGAGACUCAUGGCCAUGUACAGGAGAUGCAUGGCCACGAAAAAGAACUACAUGGCCAGGUACAACCGAAUCACGGCCAAGUUGGAGAGACUCUUGGCCACAAACAGCAGACUCAUGGACAUGUUCAACACACUUUUGGCAUUGAAAAACCGAUGCAUGGCCACGUAGAAGAGUCUCAUGGUUCCAAAACAACCACUUCAUCUGGGCACAGUGUAAAUACUGAUGAGCACAAAGUCUCCCACAAGCCUGAAGGACACAAACAAAAGACUCAUGGAUACGAACAUCACAUUGAUGGUCACAAAACGACAACCUCACCUAAGCAUGGAAAGGAAAGAAAAGCUGAGAGUAAAGUGCACCACAAACCUGAGUGGGAAAGUGGGAGUCAUGAGACCUCAAAACACUCUGCUGGGAGAGGGGAUGAAGACAGAGAAGAGACAGAGAGACAGAAACAGAAAGGGCUCCUGAAACUCUUGAUCUCAGGAGAGCCCCAGGACAGACAGUUGUUUGGGAUCAUAUACGAUGAUUUCAGAGACUGUGAGUGCUACGGCCACUCCAACCGCUGCAGCUACAUCGACUACCUGAACAUCGUCACGUGCGUCAGCUGCAAGCACAACACCCGAGGCCAGAACUGCCAACACUGCAGACUUGGAUACUUCCGCAACGCCUCUGCCGAACUGGAUGAUGAGAACGUGUGCAUCGAGUGCAACUGCAACCAGAUGGGUUCCGUUCAUGACCGGUGUAACGGCACAGGCUACUGCCAGUGUAAAGACGGAGCCACGGGGGCCAAGUGUGACGACUGUGUGCCCGGGUACUACUGGAAACAAGGCUGUUACUCUAACAUUUGUGACGAGGAGAUGCUCCUGUGCCAGAAUGGAGGAACAUGCUACCAGAACCAGAAGUGCAUCUGUCCUCCGGAGUUUAAGGGGAUACUGUGCCAACAGUCCCGCUGCGAGGCGGGCAAAGACUGCAACGCCGCCUCUUCACUGCACCUUAGCACGGCCGCCCUGCUGCUCUGCACUCUGCUAGCAAACCUGCUGAACACUUUAGCUCCCCACUGAGCCACCAAAACCCCCUCGGACCAGGGAGUGUGUGUUUAUGUGUGUGCACGCAAGGCCAGGGGUAGUCUGAAGGGCCGCCCUGACGCGAUGAACACACACUGCAGCACUCGCAAAAAGCUCACUCACACAACACGAACAAGCCCUUUUCAAACACAUAAUACACACACACACACACACACACACACACACACACACACACACACACACACACACACACACACACACACACACACACACACACACACCUCACUGGACUGUUAUAAUAUCUAGUGUGUGCUCAGGUGUGAGAAAAAAAGAGGAGCGACCUCAGAGAAAAAAAAAGGGGGGGGGGAUCGUACCAACCACUGUUCCCUUUAUUCCUGAGCUGGAGCAAUGUGCAUCAAACCAAAAAGCAUAAACACUCAAGUCACCAAUGUUUCACUUCUAAGGGAAUGGCUGUUACACACACAUGGACCUUUUCUUUUUUCCUUUUUUCUUGGUUGGAUGUCACCUUCGUUUGACUGACGAACUCGACGACGUUCGAUCCCGCUGCUGAGGCCUACAUAGUAUAUUAACCAGGUUUCAUUUACUCUCAGAAGAUGAGACUUGAUUUUACAUUUAUUCUAUUUCUGCUGCAUUUCUUUAAAAAAAAUGACAUCUUCAGUCAUUGUAUCUAAUGUGCCCACUAACAGUCGCUGAGAUUAUACAUAUUAUAUACUAUCCAGGGGGUUACAAAUUAUAAAAAAAGAAUUUAGUCACUAUUAUGGUUGUUAUAGGAAUGAGUGAUUGUUGCCACACUUAGCGAGAUUUAAUCUUCACACAGUAUUCAGGAAGCAGAAUUUAACAGAUUUAACUCAUCAGAAGUAUAAAAGAGAGAGAAAAAGAUAUCGACCACGUAUCAAUAUUAUAUGACAUUAUUUGAAUAUUUUUUGUAGAAAUUAUUUUUGUUUGGAGUUACAAUAAAUGAUAAAAAAUGACAUUUACAACUAUUCUAAAUGAGCAUUUUAUUACACUGAGUGUAAGCCUUGCAGUAAAUAUGACUGUUAUUUGCCUU